CUGUGUCGUUGUCGGGGUCGUUCGUUCGUUCGUUCCGUGUGUCCGGAUAGCAGGUUCCCGCCGGGGAUUUUCGGAAGGCGCGCGCGUGGGAGGACGCUAAGAGGCGAUGUUUGGAUUGGAUUGAUCAACGCUCGAUGAAGUGACAGUUGCGGGCGGCGAGUGUUUUUGUUGUUCUGGCCCUGCGGAGUGCGGAGUGGGAAUCCCAUCGGUCGUGAGGUGAAUCGGGUCGUGCGGGCUAAAAAUAAAUUAGAAACCGCUAAAAACACGGUCGCAAGAGUGUCAGGGGGAGACGAUUGGGAGAAGGCAAAUUAAGUUCGAGAACCGCGAGACAAGUGCGAAUCCGUGCAAUAUUUUGGUGGAGCGCGCGUCGCCAACGGUUCAGACGGUGAACUCCACGUGUCUUUUUGCGCAACAUCCAUAAAGGCGACAUAAUUGAAUGACGAAAAUUGGAUUACGUUACUGAUGGAGAAGGAUCAUCAAACCGGCCGGAUAUAGGAGGCCUCACUUGGAGAUUUUGUGCGUAGACGGAGGCCUUUCUUUUCGGAGGGCCCAAGUGGUGAAUGGAAGUAUAAAACAUAUAUCCACUUGUGUAUGUGUGUGUGUCAGUGUACCGUUAUCAAAUAUCGCUGAAUCUUGAUUACAGUGCGAUUAGAUCCACCUCAGCUCAUGUUGGAUACUUCUAGCUGUCUGGUGCUCGCUAGUGUCGGCAUAGUGGAUACAUAAAACGUACAUAAAACAUCACCGCCCCAUCUUCUCAAGUAGACCAUACUACGUGGAAUUGUAUAAUUAAAGUGCUUUCCGGGUGGCGUUUGCGGUGCUAUCAGGAUCCGUUGUCAACAGUUGGCGCUCGUUCGUGACACACCACCGGUGAAACAACUGCCAUCGCCGCCACCGCCGCUCGGACCUGGCAACUUUGCGACGACUGACGACGGCAACGACGAGUUGAGGUGUUUAUUCUAGCGGAAAUGUCGCCUGGAGAUGGUUUUAUGAAUUCAUUCUCAUAACGAGCGCAGCCUCCGGAAAUGAUAGAGCCGUUUCAUUUUUUUACGAUUCCGGCCCAAAGUGAAAAACCAGGAAGUGGGGGUGAAAAGGGGGACGGGGCACAGCUUUUUUUAAUUUAAUCAUAAUAAUGCAAGUGGCAAUGUGUUUUUAACGGUGCGUUAAAAGUGUGCGAGAUAAUUAAUCAUUAUAAAAUUCGACCGCAGAUGCCCAGCCAGCUGAAGAAAAACCGUGUGUCGGGUGGAAAAGCGGCCGGAAAAGCAACCGCAAAGCCCAAAUUGUAACGCAAGUUCGACAGCGUUCCGGAUCGCAUGAAAAUUUGCAGAAACACGUAAAAUUAAUUUGCUCGCAGCUGUCUUCCCCAUCAGCAACCUUCGUGGGGGAGGUUGUCCGACGGGUGGAAACGCAGAACAACAUGUUUGCAGUCGCAAAGUGCAAUCGUAAUUGAAAAAAGUGACCAAAUUAAAUAAUUGUAUUGAAUCGGGAAAAGAGAGUAAGAGAGAGAGAGAGUGUGUGUGUGUGUGUGUGAAAAAAGCCACCCACUUAAUGAGGAAAAAUCAGUGGAGCAGAACGGGAAAAUCGGAGAUCGCAGUAAUGGAAUUAAUGAAAACCAAAUCGAUUCAGCAUCAUUUAUUUUAUUGGAUAAUCAUAUUCCUGUUGCUGACGACGUCACCGCUGUCCCUGCGGGCAAAUCCGGAAACGCCGAUUUUCAGGGUGGAUCCCCUAGCACUGCUGUCGGGCACUCUGCGCACAUAUCAACGGGCCGGAUGUGACCGUGAGCUGGUCACGUUAGGCUGCCCCCGGGGCACAAGCAUAUCGAUAGAGGUCGCACAGUAUGGACGAACUGGAGAUGCAAAUGAGCAAAAUUUGUGUCCGCCCAGCACGGAGGAUAGCCUCGAAAUCAAUCUGCCCGGGACCGAGAUAGAGAUAAAAGCACCCGAAAGCUGUACCUGGCCCAACGCUUUACAGUAUUCGCUUCUGCAAACGGUAGUGGAAGCGUGCCAAAAGAAGAGGCACUGUAAAUUUUUAGCCUCGCCACCGGAUCCCUGUCCGGGUCACCGGAAGUUCGUAGAAGUAGCUUAUAAGUGUAGACCAUAUGAAUUUCGGAGCAAAAUCGCGUGCGAGAACGACGUUAUACAAUUAAUUUGCAAUCCCUACUCGAGGAUAGCGAUCUACAGUGCGAGCUAUGGGCGGACCGAGUACGAGAGCUUACAGUGCUCCCAGCCGCAGGGAGUCAAGGAGGAAACAUGUCUUGCAUCUUACGCCACCGAGACCGUUAUGCAAAAAUGCCAUGGCAGGAGAAAAUGCACGCUGUCAGCAGAUAGCACAACUUUCGGCAAGCCUUGUCGUCCCGACUCGAGGAUGUAUUUAAAAGUUGUUUACACAUGUGUUCCACGAAAGGUGCUGAAAGACCGUUUCGAGGCAGCACCGGAACCGGACGAGCCACUGCAGAGCGACCUGGAGCAAGACCACGACGACCUGUACGACGAAGACCAGUUCUUCCGAGAAUCGGAUGGUGUCCCGCCCGGGCCGGCACCGAAGCUCCAGGGUGGACCGGCCAAUAAUCGAGUCUCAGACAUUCCAAGCUACGUCGCUGCCAGCAGCACCCCGCCGGUGCCCCUGCGACCCAUCCAGGACAUUAUGGAGGACAACGAGUUUUCCUUCGAAGAGCACCAGGAGAAGUUCUACAUCUACCUGAUUGUGGCCGUCGUAGCCGCAAUCCUUCUCUGUCUGUCGAUAGUCGUGGGGCGCGUGGCAUUGCGGAAGCGCCGAACGCCGAAGGAGAACGAUAAAUUCCAGACAUCAAACACAGGUGAAACGACGCUCCCGAAUGGCUUCACAGACGAUAUCUCGGAAAUAGAUGCGGAUAUCGAUUUGCAAACGCCGCUGCCAGUGCCAAGCGUUUCCCGGAGUGAUAGUUACGGACCGUACACGCCAUCGCCAGGGCCGUACGGAAAUCUGGGACCAUCCAAUAUAUCACAUACCUCGACCACGAUGCUGGUUCCGCCCUGUUCGAUGGCCACGAUGAUGACGAGUGGGCCCCCGACGGGCUACCUGAGUGGGCCAAUUAAUAUCAUUCCGUCGCAGCUGGGCCAGAGCAUAGGUGGCAUCCGGACGCCGAUCGCCGCAAUGAGCACUCUGCCGCGACCGCACCAGCAGCAGCCACCGGCGUUCCUGGGUGGGGCCGGUUCCCUAAUGGGUCAAUCGCAAACACUGAGACGCCUGUCCAGUGAGUUCGAAGGAAACACACCCCGCAGCCUGAGCAGGGGUGCCGCCAACACCCAGUUCUACUACGGAUGACAUCCGGCUGCCGGCCAGUCGCCCGGUGCCCACCAGCAACAGCAGCAGCAUCAGUUCAAGCCAAUUCAAUCCACCCAGCUGCAGCCGCAGUCCAUCUUGAAGAACAAAGAACCGACCAUCAGUGAAGCCGAAGAUACCAUAGUGAUGUGUCCACCAAAUCGAACAUACUGUUUCUAGAACUGCAACAUUAUCCUGUUGCGCAAGCAGAUCGCCCUGCUGAAAUACCAAAGUGAUAAAGAUCUAGUGUAUUUGUAGGUUGAUCCGGGAGUGAAACGCACAAGAAGAUAUUUUGGUGACUGCAGCAGUGACAGAGGAAAAUGGCUGAGAAUGUUCAGGCAACUCUCGUGAGGAAAAAUCGUUGGAAGAAGGAUGGUGCAACUGACGCAAUUUUUGUGAACAAAUCAAAUUUACAUAGUGAAACUAUACUUGUUGUGCAAUUCGAACCAAGUUGACAGGAAAAAAAGAUGUUUUAAAAAACGAGUGCAAUAAAUACUCUUAAAAAGGAAAUAAAUGAUCUACAAGUGAAGCUGCGUUUUCCAUUGACAGCGUACAUUAUCAAUAAAGACAGAAAUGAGCGAAGAUAAUUUAAUGUGGUUUUCUACUGUUAUAGUUUAAAGUUGGUAAUCAGGGUAUCACAACAGUUGACGGAACAAAAUAAUAAAAAAAAACUCUGUUUGUAAGACCAAUCUUAAGAGAAAGCGCAACCCAUAUUGAUCGGAGUAAAAUUUGUACUUAUGGAUUUGAAUGAAUCACGAACCUCUAGACGUAAGAAUUGAGCAAUUUGAAGUGUACAUUUGGAAGAAGCGGUAAUUUUUUUGUAGGAAAAAAAUUAAGGAAAUCGAAAUCGACAGAUAUUAGCUAAAACAAGGUUAGCAGGAAUAGUUACGAGAUAAUUAAAUAGUGAACCAAAGUUGUGCGAUAUUGUAUUAUAGGUAAAAUUGUACAGAUAAAAUUAUUUAUUUAUUUUUCGUUUUAGUGAGUAAGGAAACAAUUUAUAUCACCUAUGAUAUAAAUGGUAUGAAUAUUUUAAUAAAAGUGGUUUAUUAGAACUGA